AUGAUUGAUCAGAUAAUCAACAAUGGAGCAGCGGAUUUGGAUCCACCCACUUCUUCCAAUCGACGCUCAUCACGAAGAAAUACGAUCGAUAAUGAUUUCAACGGUGAAAUGAUGAAUGUGCUGAAAGAAGAGCCGGAGGAUUUAGCUCUAACAACUCCGCUGGCACCCACUCGACUCAAAUCGGCGAGAAGAAAGACAUCAGACGCUCUGAGCAAGGAAAUAAAUGAUAAAACGAACUCUAAUAUUUCUACUCCUCAAGCAAGUGUUACUGAACCGGAAUCACAAAUGAUUGAUGUUUCGCGAAGUUUUCAAGCGUCCUCUCGUCGCAAAUCCGCGCCUUCUAAACUCAAGGAACUCAAGGAGACGCCGAAGAGUCGAGCGAUUGAGAUGGAUAAACAGAAAACGGUGGAUCAUGAUUUGUCCGCAACGUCUCACGGCUCAUCGCAACGCAAAUCAUCGGUGACUGAAACGCCCCAACUCAACACAUCUCUCCAACUUCUCGUGACAUCGAUUUUCACUGGUUCACUUCGUCGAUCGACUCGCAUUGCUGCACAGGGCUCGAAAUCAUCUUCACCGCGUCAAUAUUCUCCAGAGUUGCAACCUUCCUCAAAUUCGCGCAAAUCUCCCAAAACGAAGCUGCCAACUAAAACUCCAAACAAGAGUGCUUCCAAAUCUCGUCGAGUAGCUGGUGCACCAAAGGAAUUGAGCGAUGAUAUCGUGUAUCUGGGAAGAACUCGCGGAAGAAAGUCGGAGCCACAGGUGCGACGAAAAGAGGAAACAAUGCAACUCGUGCCGGUCAGGAGAUCGCAGCGCAAAUCGGCCCCAGUGAAACGAUUGAACACGAAUUCUUUCACACCAAGCGUUCCACGCAAGAAAGCGAUCAUGAUGAAACCGAGCGAUACUACCCACGAAAUGCCAUCGGAUGACCAGAAUUUCUCGAUUCUCGUCUCUCCCUUUCACACAAAUAAACCAUACGUCACGGAGCCGAUGACUCCGGCUCAAUUGCUUCAGCGCAAUUUCUUGUCCGGUUGGGUGCACGAUCAACGGACGAGCACGGAAGGUGGCAAUUUUGACAGGGACUAUCAGAGCGAGAAUUUGGAACGUCGUUGCUCGCAGAUCUGGCGUGACGCUCGGCAACGAAACGCGAGAAACAUUAUGAGACAUCAAAAU